CGGACGUUGGUGCGGAAUGUGACGCGGAGGUCGCAACACGAAAAAUCGGCGGCCGGGGAGCAGGGCACCAGCGUGCUGAUCACCCUGUCCGACCAGGACGACUUCGGGUCGGAGCUGUUUGCCGUCUCCCACGAGGCCCAUAUCCGCGCCCAACUCAAACGUCCCGUUCCCCCGCAGGUCUACGCCUACCUGCUGGGCACUGCGGACCCCCGCGGCCCCUACCAUCCCGAAACGAAGCUGCCGUUGCCGGUCUUCAUCCGCGACCACCACCCGUUCGUCGGCGCGUACAACGAGCGCAUGCAGCCGCCGAUUACCUAUCACGAACGCCAGCAGCAGCGGCUGUGCGAGGUGGUCAAGUACGGCAUGGAGUACGACGAUCAGCACGGAGCGUGCGGCAUGUCCUUCUGGCGCGGCGACGGGUUCCGGGGGGUCUCGAGGUUCGGGGUGCCCGCCAGCUGCGCGGAGGACUGUCGGAUGCAGUGCACCGAAGCGCCGGGUUGCACGCACUGGACGUACAUCGACUGGGAGUGGUCCACGUGGCUCCGGGAGUGGCACCGCCCGGGGCAGGAGUGUUUUUUGAAAAAGUUCGCGCCGGACGCGUUCGGGGAUUGGGCCCACCUCCGGCGCCGGGAGGUGUCCCCGACGGAGAAGACUCAUUUCGGGGACUGCGGCAUCGAGUUUCAGCACCACAUGGAGGUACUGGGCUCCAUGCAACUGGACCGCGAGGGCGCCCAGAAGCCGCACGGCAUCUACCUGAAUCCUAACCACAGAAGCGCCUCCGGGGUCAGCUGCCGUUCCAACCGCUACAUCCGGGCGGUGCAUGACGAAGCGAACGUCCUGUAAGCGUCGCAAAGAUCGAUGAUCUGCGUGGUCUGGAUUUGUGUUGCAAGAUUUAAAAGGUUUUUGCCAAGGUUUGUGAUGUACGGAUAGGAUUGGCGAGUUUCUUCUCGUCAGGCUGUGAAACUCAAUUUAUUGUCAAGCGCUUUAAUGCAAAUAAAUCCGCGACAAGGCUGACAAUGAAUAAGUAAACUUCUGAUGCUGUUAUGCGGUACAAUUCAUUGGCUGCUUUGCGAUGCGAGUAUUAGCAGCACAAGUCGGUUACCAGACCGAGACAUGUUCUUUGCAAUGCAUAUCCUACGCGGGCACCGCACAGUGUCCCGUGUCAUUCCGCCCGGAUUUCCGUACAACAGCAUCCCCUUUGAGGAAAUCAAUAGCCGUAUUGCAAGGAAAAAUCCCCUUUGUUCCCCAUAUCGAAAACGUAUCUUCUGAAAAUUUGCGAUGCAGAUUUGUGACUACAACAAAUCCUGUCUGUCUUGCUAGAAGGCAAAUCCAGGCUCUCUGCCACGCUAUGCAGGCGAUUUGUGACGCUGUAAGGACUACAGGGCGCCAGCCGUCUACCAUGCUAGGCACCUACACCAAAAGGCCCCUAUCUAGGCUUGCGACGUGCGUGCAGUCCUCUCCUGCAAGACAAAUCUGAUGCGUGUACGCACAUCCAGCAUCACAGAUCUUCUUUCCGAUAUUGGGAGGGGGAAUUUUUCCUUACGAUAAGCCGUCUGCACCUAGGCUUCGUAAACCUGCCGCACUGGAUUUCGGAACGGGCGGAUGUGGCCUUUCACAUCCCGAUGCCCAGCAACUACUCGGGAGGGUCCACAGCCGUAGCCGAACAAGUGCAGGCGGCUGAUCCGCAAAAGGUGUUGUCGGCGCUGCAGGUUGAUGGCGGUGAAUCCACGACGGAACAAGGUACUAGCCGCCAAAAAGAAGUAGUAGACCAGGUCGCGGCUAACAGUGUUGACGAAAGUCGUGAAGGAGAUGACAUCAACGAUGAUCAUCGUGAUCUCGUCGGGGUACAAAAGCCGCCAGCGUCUCAAAACACUGGCUCGGACGAGAGUACAACUAGCGAGCCAAAAUACUGGCGGUUUGGCCAUGACGAAACGGUGCAUCCCAUAAUAUCGAAGAUUGGACGCGCGGCGGUGAGAUACAGGAAGACAGCUAGCGGCAAAUGGAAAAUGGAAGAGAAAUUAGUGGCAUCGCUGCCAGAUGAGGACGUCUAUCCGCGAAUUGGGAGGGCGAUUCAGGUUGGCUACCAGGUGGCGGCGGGACGGUUACUGGAGACGAGCGUCAGUCGGGAAAGCGACUCCAUAGCGGUCUACUCCUGGUCGAAGGGUGCGGAGGACGAGAAUGGACUGGUGAGUGAAGUAGCUGCAAAAGCGAUCACGACGGUAUGUGCGGAGCGGAUAGCAUUAGUAGCUCAGAAGGAGCCCGCGGCCCAGGUCCUGCAGCUGGCAAGGAGCGAAGUGGAAACGACAUGGAAAACGCACGACGAAAUCUACUCCCCGGCAUGGGACGACGAGGUGUUCAUACAGGAGGACGAAGAAGAAAAAUUCCAGAUGUGGCACGAAUUACUAAGUAAAGAACUAGCGCCAUUGCCGGAACCAGAAGAAGGCGACGCCAGGAUGUCAAUAAAGAAGUUGAAGGGGGCGAUGAAAGAGCGUCUAGAAGAUUGGAUAAGAAAGCAGAAUGACGAAGAAUUGCGGCUACGGGGUAGAGACGAAAGGGAGGCAGGAGUAGCAGCUCUAGGCAACUAGAGUAAAGAAGAAAAGGAUCACGCUAAUAGGUUGUUUUGUUUAACGCUUUGCUCUUCCCACAGGAAAAAAAGCUAAAAAGAGUAAAGUGAAAAAAAAAAUCAAAGACUGGUACGUAAAGAAAAUGACAAAAAGACAGUGCUGAGGCCGUCGCGCCGCUUCUUUGUAUAGUUUGGUAAGGUGUUACAGUGGCCGUCGCGCCGACAGCAAGGAAGAGUUUUUUUUACUUAGGGCCGUCGUGUCCGUCUUCGACUGCAAUAGCAGUGUGAGUGUUCUACAUUUGGCCGUCGCGCCGCACUUGUAUCAAGGCCGUCGAGCCUUACCGACUGAUCCUCGUACGAGGGGGAUCGGGCGUGACCCA